AUGCCCCUCAUUGGCUCGAUCAACCGCAAGGACCAGCACGCGUCCUUCGUCAACACUCCGCCGGUCAGGGCCUUUCGGAGUGGCGUCCUCGAGGUACUCAGCGAGGCCUGGUGGAGGGCCGAGCUUGGGCAGGUUGCCAAUCUUACUCAAGCACAAGCGAUCAGAACCCGCUUGACACGCAACGACGACGAGGUGGGCAAGGCGUGGCUUGAGCGUCGCGACGGGACCUACGGGCGGUCUGCGUGCCUCACCGUCUUCUCCGAGACCAUCCUCGGAGCUGCCGUCCACAAUGUCGUCGUUGCCCUUGGUCUUGGCGAGGUGGACAUGAUGCUCCAGCUUGGCAGGGUUUACGGAACGCUGUUGCAAAGCAUCGCAUUCGGGAACUACAUGUUCGACAUUGCGAUCAGCAACCACAUGUUCGAAACGCCCGCCGGCUUUUCCUACCUCAACGGCGAGCUGAUGUCCACCUACAUGAGGUACUUCCUUGCGCCUAUCGCAGACCUAGUCGACGGCACCCAGAAUCCGCACGUCUUUGCACCGACCAGCCUCGCCCGCGCCUUCUGCCACGGCGUUGAAGCAGCCCUCUCGAAGCACGACUGGGAUGGACUCAGCCUCGACGCUAGUAAUGCGAUCGGUGGGCGGCUGCAGGCGGAUCACGCCAAGGUUGUCGCGGUUUCGCCAGCAGAGGGUUCAGGUCACGAGCAUCGUUUCACAGCUCUGCUCGGCACGGCUGUCUGUGAGGCCAUCCCGCUGAACGGCGGAAGAAACGUCGUCAAGCUCGGCGAGAUGUACGGGGCGCUCUUGAAGAGCCUCGCCUAUCCGCAUCAUGUCAUCCACGCGCCAAGCGGCUUCUCCUAUCACAACGGCCAGCCGAUGUCGACGUCGUACGAACUCGCUCACCGCCAGCGAGCUCCUGCUCGCUCGGCCGUCAUGUCUGCGCAUCGCAAGGCGCCGUCGUACACAGCCUAUGUAGUCGACCCUCUCGGCCAUCUCAUGACCGUCAUAUAUCGCGCGGACAAGAACGUGUCGUUCCGAGGCAGCGCUCCCGCCAAGUCCUUCCGACUGGGCGUCAGGGAGGCGGUCAGCGAAGAGUGGUGGGCGGCGAAUUUCCGCCACGGAGACGACUACCUGCGCGCGCUCGCGGUUCGGGACCGCCUGCAACGGGACGAGCGCGAGGUCCGUGACGAGUGGGUCAAGCGGAGCGGCGGGAGCAAUCUGCGAUCCUUCGCCGUCCAAGUUUUCUGCGAGACUGUCGUCGGACUCGCAGUGUACAAGGCUAUCGUCGCGCUCCACCUGAGCGAGGACGAGACGAUGUCCAAGUGUGGCCAGGCGUACGGAGCGCUGUUGAAAAGCCUCACGACGCCAGGCAACUAUGUCAACGCGCCUGGCGGUUUCUCCUACCUGAACGUCAGGCAACCGCCUCUCUCUCUCGCAAGGAUCUACAACUGA